AGCGAGGGGGAGAGAGGGAGGAGGGGAGGGCAGGGAGGAGACAGGGCAGGUCGUGCAGGGCCUUAGGGAGGACUUGGGCUGUUACCCCAGGAGGGAGGGCGGGACCCUGGAGGGCUGUGGGCAGAGAGGGGAAGGGCCACCCUUCCCCUUGGUGUGGAGACCUGGAAACAGGUGGGCAGGGGUGCAGCGACCAGGGAGGACGCCCUGCCCGGGCAGGCAAUGACAGGACUGCGGCCACAAGCAGGUGGAAAUGGUGAAAGGCAGGCAGGUUCUGGAUUUCUUGUGAAUGUUUUAACGUGUAGUAAAAUGUGUGUAACGUUUUAAGGUGUACAAUCCUGUGGGUUUUAGUAUGUUUACUAUGUUGUGCUGGCUACCACCAUCUAAUUCCAGAACAUUCCAUCACCCCCAAAAGAAGCCCCAUCCCCAUUAUCAGUCACCCCCAUCCCCUCCCAGCCCCUGACAACCAUGAAUCCACCCUCUGUGUCUGUGGAUUUGCCUGUUCUGGACGUUUCCCAUCAAUGGAAUCACACUUUUGUGUCCGGCUUCUCUCACUGAGCUUCGUGUUCUCCAGGUUGUGUCAGCGCGUCACCCCUUUCCAUGGCUAACGUUCCAGUGUGUGGAGGGACCCUGUGUUGGGUUUCUGUCCUGCGGUUGGUGGGCAUUUGGGUUGCUUCCGCUCUUUGGCUGUUGUGGAUCGUGCCACUGUGAACACGUGUGUGCAGAUUCUCGCGCUGGACGUAUUUUGGAAACAGAUGGAGGACUGGACGGGGGUGGGGUGAGAAGGGAGGACCUGGGGGCUGCAGGGCUGCUGGCCUGAGCACCUGGAAGGGUAGGGCUGAGGUUGUGGAAAGGAAAUUCAGAAGCUUCGUUGGGUUUGGAGGCCCCCAUGCGGCUGUGUUGGGGGGCAGAGAAGAGGUGGGAGGGCUGAGCCCCAGGUCGGCCCUACCCAGAUGAGCGCCCGCCUCCUUCUCCAGCCUCUGCUCUCCCGGCUCGGCCCCUCAGCUGGGGGAGAGGCAGUGGCCUGGAUGGUGGCCAGCAGACCCAGCUGUUGCCAGGACUCCGGGCUGCCUUUGUAGCUGUCAACAAUGGCCCCGCAGGCCUUGGAGGCAGGAGCCCCCGGGCACCCAGAGGCAGACAUGCAGACCCUGAGGCAGGAGGCUGCCCGGCCCUACGUCCCCCGGGGAACCCUGGAAGUGAACCUCCCGGCAUCUCUCUACAGGAAAGGCGAGUCAGUGCCUUUGCUGCUGUUCCAUUUCCAAGAAAAUUAAGUAAAAAAAAAACUGCCACCACGAUAGAAGCAGGUUCCCACAGGCGUGUGAUGGGAUGGAAUGGCUCGUGCCUACACGCUGCUUCUGGAAUGAAGCAGAAACCAGAGGGGCCCCGCCAGACACCGGCCAUCAAGCAGGAGAUGCGCUGGAAGUACACACCCAUGGGACGCGACGCGGCCGGCCAGCUGUGGUACACGGGCCUGACCAACUCGGACUCUCGAGAAGCCUGGAACAUGCUCCCUCGGGCUCUGGACAGCCCACACUUCGAGGCUUAUGCCCGCAGGCACAGAUGCCACAGCCCCCCCAGGAGCGCAGCAUGCCCAGCAUGCCCUCGGCCUACACCCAGCGUCUCCGGGAGACCGCCUGGUACGACCCCAUCAUCCCUGCGCAGUACAGGGGCCCCCGCACACAGUACGGGAGCAUGCUGUGGAAAGACAGACCCAACCGGGACGAGGAGUACGUGAUCCACAGACACCAAUUCGGGGUCAAGCCGCUGUGGCAGGCAUCUGACUACGGGCCAUACCUGUCGGCGCCCCAGCGCCCGCGCUACACCACCCAGAACUACCGGCAGUGGGACCUGGAACCCUGCUGCCCCUCCACCAACCAGCAGCCCCGGCUCGUCUACACGCCCAGUCACUGAUAAAGAUCUCGUGCUGCCCGGUGUGGCUCUUCAGGGACCCGGCGCCUCUCCCCCAAGGCAUCUGUCCACCUCUGGGGCUGGGGCCUGGGGAGGUCAGGCAGCCAGAUGAAGGGAGCGCUGAACCAGGACCCUAGUGACCAAGCUCCAGGGCAGAGUCAGACAGACGACCUCUCCUGCCCUCGGCUCCCUCUACCCCGGGCCCCAGGCCAAGGCACAGUCCUGGCCCCAGGCGGCUCUUUACUCACUGUCAGCAGUGGCCUGGGUGCAGGGAGCCGCACUCGGGGCCCCGGCGUGCUGAGCCUCACCAUCGCCACGGGCAGGGUCUGGGCCCAGCCCCCUAACCCUGAGGCUGGGGCUCCUGGCAGGCUCCGCAAUGGCUCUGUCCUCCAGGGCCUGGCGGCACCCGGUAGUAGCACCCAGGAGACCCUAGGCUGGCCGGGGCUGAGCUCGGGGCAGGCCCAGCACCCAGGAGCCUCACAUCCGGCCCCCACACAACACAGGGCACCCCGAAUCAUCCAGACAGCUGGGGGUGGGUUAGAGUCAGGAUUGGGGUACCCCAGACCCACAAGGACCCCACCAGCCCCUGAAUACCAGAGGGCCUAGCUCGGUGUCCCCGCCCUAGCGGGGAGAAGCUGCUGGUAUCCCGCCCACCAAGCCCCACCUGACCCCCCCGCAGCCAGGCAGGGAUGGGACAGACGCAGGAGUGGGAUCAGAGCAGCAAAGGGGCCGCUUGCAGGCCUUGUAGGGCAGCGAGCGUUCACAGUCGCGGUUAAUUUACAAAGGGUAAAGGACCAUGGGGCGGUGUCAAGGUUGGGCUCCAGGGUGCCCUGCAAGAGAAGGGGGUGGAAGUGGGGUUAGGGAGGGCGGGGCCUGUCCUGGCCCAGACCUACACACCCAUGGCUGGUUUGGGGCUUUUGUGGGGUGGCGGGGCCUGCAACUCACAGCUCCGAAGGCGGACGGGCCAGACCAGGAGACUGCACAGAGCCAGGGUGGCGGCCACGCCCACGCCACCCGUCACGGCCACCAUCACCCAGUGGUAGAAGGCCACGCAGGCUUUGCAGCAGAGCUCUGAGCUGGGGGCAGGGGAAGGGCAGAAGGGGGGUGAGCAGACGCCUGUCGGUACCUUCCAGCCCCAGCCUGUACCUCCUGCUCCUCCCAUCUCAGCCGGGGCACCCCAUCUUUCCCCGCACUCAGGCCAGGACCAAGUGGUUGCCCUCAACCCCCUCCUCCCCUCCAACAGCUGAUACUUAAGUCAGUAAGGUCAGCUCUGCCUUCCAAGUCUACCCCAGACUGCCCAUUUCUCCUUCCUCAGGAUCCAGCCCCGUCACCACCUGCCCCCCCCACCAUCCUAGUCCCCUCCCUGUUCCCACCCUCCCUUCCCUGUCUGUCCUCCCCACCGUAGCCGCCAGAGGGCGCCUGUGAGCAGCUGACUCAGACCCCGCCCCUUCUGCUCACAGCCCUCCAGGGGCCCACCUCCCUUGGGGCAAAAACCCAAGUCCUCUUGUGGCCCACAAGGCCCUGCACGACCCAUCCCCUCCCUGCCCUCCCCUCCUCCCUCUCUCCACCUCGCUCACUGUGCUCUAGCCACAAGGGCCUCGUUGCUGUCCUUCCACCAUGCCAGGCACAGUCCUGCCCCAGGGCCUUUGCACAAGGAUGCUCCUCCCCAUACGCCUAGAACUCCCUGACAUCCUCCAGGUCUUGGGUCCCACGUCACUUCAAGGCAGCCCUUCCUGACUUCUCGCCCCAGUCAGGCCUCCCCAAGUGGUGUCCUUCACACCCUUUGUACACAUUUAUUCAUGAGAUGAUUCAUGUGGCUCAUGUUGUCCCCAGCUCCAUGAGGACAGAGGACCAGGCCAGCUUUCAGUCCCAAAUCCUGGGCUUCUACAGGGUGCAAACUCAGGUCUAGAACCAUCUGGGGCUGGAACCCUAGGUUCUGAGGGUCUGAAUUACAGGGAUUCCAGGCUCUCUCUCUGCCCUGUCUGCUCACAUCCCCCCGAUCCAUCUGUGUGUCCUCAGCACCCGGCCCAGGACAGACUGUUGGCUCAGUAAAUAAAUGGGUGCUCGAGGUGGGGAAUAA